GAAUCAAAAACACUUCUUGCUUCUUAGUAGUUUCAACUAAAUUUGAAGCAAGAAAGACUCUACAAAGAUUAAAUUUACAGUUUCUUAGUUUUUCGAUUCAAAGUCGAAAACUUGUGUGAAGUUCUUGAACUUAUACAAUCAUGGAGACCGGCAUCACUUGUUAUACUCAUGGGACCUUUCUACCCAAUGUCUCUUCUCAGCGUUCCACUUCAAUGGCAUCUCCAACUUCUCUCUCUAGAUCCUACAGCUCUCGGGGGCUGAAAUCAAGCUCCCUCUUUGGAGAAUCAUUGCGAGCCAUGUCGAAUUCUUCGCUUAAGGUUUCAAAGACAAAGAGCCCUCCAUCCCUCAUCACGAAAUGCGAGAUUGGUGACAGUUUGGAAGAAUUCCUCUCAAAGGCAACUACAGACAAAGGAUUGAUCAGGGUAUUGACGUGCAUGGGAGAAGCACUCAGGACCAUUGCCUUCAAAGUGAGGACAGCCUCUUGUGGAGCAACAGCAUGUGUGAAUUUUUUUGGAGAUGAACAGCUUGCAGUAGACAUGCUUGCAGACAAGCUUCUCUUUGAGGCCUUGACCUACUCACACUUCUGCAAGUAUGCUUGCUCUGAGGAAGUUCCAGAGUUGCAAGACAUGGGAGGACCUGUUGAAGGAGGAUUCAGUGUUGCCUUUGAUCCACUGGAUGGUUCAAGUAUUGUUGACACAAAUUUCACAGUGGGUACCAUAUUUGGUGUGUGGCCUGGUGAUAAGUUGACAGGAGUAACUGGUAGAGAUCAAGUUGCUGCGGCGAUGGGUAUCUAUGGUCCUCGUACUACUUACGUUCUUGCUCUCAAAGACUGUCCUGGCACCCAUGAAUUCCUUCUUCUGGAUGAAGGCAAAUGGCAACAUGUUAAAGAUACCACAGAAAUUGGUGAAGGAAAGAUGUUCUCCCCUGGAAAUUUAAGAGCCACAUUUGACAACCCUGCCUAUGAUAAGCUAAUCAAAUACUAUUUAAGAGAGAAAUACACAUUGCGGUACACCGGAGGAAUGGUUCCGGAUGUCAACCAGAUCAUUGUAAAAGAAAAAGGUAUCUUCACAAAUGUGACAUCUCCAACUUCCAAAGCUAAGCUGAGGCUGUUGUUUGAAGUGGCUCCUCUGGGAUUUUUAGUGGAGAAAGCUGGAGGCUACAGUAGUGAUGGUAAACAAUCUGUGUUGGACAAGGUGAUCGUUAAUCUAGAUGACAGAACACAAGUUGCUUAUGGAUCAAAGAACGAGAUUAUCCGAUUUGAAGAAACUCUAUUUGGGUCCUCAAGGCUCAAGGCCGGUGUGCCCGUUGGAGCUGCUGCAUAGAGCCUCAGAGUUCAUUCCCCUGUUUUAAUACCUUUUCCUGAUCUAGCUUGUUUUAGUACUGCAGGAUCCAUCAGUGUGAUUGUGUACUAGAACCACGAAACUGAAUGUCAAAAGAUGGAUGGAUGAAACAACAAGAAAUCCUUAUGCUUUAAUCUCCAGAUAGUGUACACUCUAUAAUGUAUUCUAAAAUACAUGUUCUAUAAGAUUCAUCGGUAGGCAUAAGUUUUUUUGACCUUCA